GUACCGAGCAAGUACCACUGCGCCCGGUGCGAACAGAAGGCGUCGGCGGGCGGGGGUGUUGUAUUCUGUGGGCGCUGGUUGCCAUGCGAACGGGGAAGAUAGCGGGCAAUGGCCCGCAUCAAACCUUGGUGUGUUCUUCGACGGAAUGCGAGCACGUGGUGCCCCGCCACAGUGCAGCCUCUGCGGGGCUCGGCGCAAUAUCAGUACGCGGUCGUCCUCGUCUUCGCCCUCGAGCCCGAGCUAGAUCUAUCUGCGACGACGCACCCCCGUAACGACCUUCACGCACACCACGCCCCACUACCCGCGCGAUGUCGCAAGCAAGCCUCGUUUCCACACUCGAGCGUCCUGAUGAGCGGAGCGACCGCGAUCGUCUCGUUGCAGCGGCAGCCACGCCCUCGUCCAGCUCCCAAUCCCUCGUCAUCUCGUCGAACCUGCGCGCCGCGCUCGAGUACGAAGAACGCACGCGGAACCAGUCGUCCGGAUGGGGCUAUGGAUCGACCAGCGCGGACUGGGGGGGCGGGCUCCCCCCACCGCCGCGUCCAAAGAGCAGACCAAAGCCGGCGCACUCGUCGCACUCCUCGCCGUCUGGCUCGAUUUCCGUGCCGACCUCACCGACGACAGUCCCGCGGGCAGUUGAUGGCGCAGGCAGCGGUGCAGGUGGAUCGGGCACGACCAGGAACCCAUACAUCAAUCCAGUACCGCGGCUGUCAUAUCUCAUGCGGGACGAGCCGCCUCUGAUUAUUGGUAGUGAGCGGCAGGCGGACACGGAGAGCGCGGGGCAGGGCUCAAGCGAGUCUCUGGCAACGAGCUCGUCGCGAACGGGCGA